AUGGGCAUCAAGGGCUUGUUUCCUUAUCUCGCCGAGGCUGCGCCGAAGGCCCACAACACUUCCGAGCUGAAACGCUACACAGGGCAGCGCCUGGCGGUGGAUGCAUCCGCAUGGAUGUAUCAGUUCUUGACCAUCGUUCGGACUGGAGCUGCUGCCGAAAACCUCCAAAACAAUCAGGGGGCCGCGACUUCACAUUUGCAGGGCUUCGUGUUGCGCACUCUGAAGCUCUUGGAGGCGGGUGUGCAUCCAGUCUUCGUCUUCGAUGGGAGGCCCCCUGACAUGAAGAUGGCCGUGAAUGCUGCGCGCAGGGAGGUGCGGGAGCAGGCUGCAGAGGACUAUGCCUCGGCGGUCUCUUCGGGUGCCACGGGUGAGCAUGUGUACAAGGCCGCGAGCCGAAGUACCAGGGUGACGAGGGAGCAUGCCGAGCAUGCCAAGGAGAUCUUACGUGCCAUGGGCAUGCCAGUGGUAGAAGCACCCGGUGAGGCCGAAGCUACCUGUGCGCAACUUUGCAUUGAGGGUCAAGUCUAUGCGGCCGUGACGGAGGACAUGGAUGUGCUGACUUUUGGGUCGCCCCGGCAGAUCAAGAACCUCUUUGAUGUGGAGGGCUCCAGAGCAAGGCAACCGAGACCUGCACAAGAAAUCAACCUGCCGAAGGUCUUGGAGGGUUUAUCUUACACUCAGGAGCAGUUCAUUGAGUUUUGCAUCCUUUGUGGGUGCGACUAUCUGCCGCACCUUGCCCGCAUGGGCCCCAAAACGGCCGCCCAAAUCUUGCAGAGAGAGGGCUCACUUAAGGCGGUGGUGCGUUGCAUCCAGGGCGGCCAGGGACCAAAGGGUUGCAGCAUCCCGGAAAAAUGGGACUGGAGUUCGGCCAAACAACUCUUUCAGAAAGGUGCCAAGGAGCUUUCAGCUGAUGCACUGGAUGCACUGAAGACUCAGCAAGCGAAGGAUCGCGCAAAACUCUGCGACUUCGAGCAGAUGCGCCAAUUGCUGGUCGAGAAGCAUCAGUUUAGCUCAUCUCGGGUGGACACCAUGGUGGAGCGCUUGCGCAAAGCGCUUGCCCCCGGUGGUGCUGCCUCCAAUCGCCGCAUCGAGAGUUUUUUUUCAGCCUCGCCGAAGCGGCGGCGCACAGCCGAGCGGCCACCGAUCCCGGUGGUGUCUGGAGAUUCCGGUGAUGAGGUGGUGGUGUGUGAUGAUAUCGUGGAGAUUCCGGUGGAGGCUGCUGAGCACGAAUCAGAGUGGAACUGCGAGAAGUGCACCUUCUGCAAUCACGCAAAGCUGUCUUCCUGUGAGAUGUGUCAGCAUCCGCGUGGCGCACAGCGAGCCAAGCCGGGAAGUGGCAAAUGGCCUCCUGGCACUGCCACCAAAGUCACUGCCACCAAAGUCAUCGACCUCGAUGACUAG